AUGAUCUUACUUCAAACAUCAAAACAUUCAAUCAAUCAAUUCAAACGAACUCUCACUACACCACAUCAUCUCAUCAAUCGAACUUAUUCAUUCGAAAGUGGAAGAAAUCGAAAACCAAAUACAAGAACUACAACCGAAUCACAAAGUAGUACUAGUACAACAACUUCGAAAAAUGAAAAACCAAAAGCAGAAGAAAAUCCAGAUCAAAAACCCACCAUCAUCAUUGGUCAUGGUCGUCGUCAUCAUCGUCAUCAUCCUAAAUCAAAUAUAAAUACAAAUUCUACAAAUUCUACAAGAACAACAAAUCAUCAUACUAGAUUGAUAAAUCAAAGGAAACUUUUAUUACCUUUUGUACCUUUACCAUUUGAUCAUCUAUCACAUUUAAAACCUAAAGUCUUAUCACUCGAUCGAUUGUUUUCUUUACAAAGACCAUUAUUAGAGAUCGAAUUAUCAGUUUCUGAACGUAGGUCGAUUAGCUUAGAAUCAAGACUUGAAAGUUUAAGCGACUCAAAUCCAGAUGAAUCAGACAUAAUUCUUUCAUCAAACAAUCAACUGGAUCGAGAUCAUAUUACUGUUGGAUCACCUUCUGAUCCUUCUUUUAAAUCUCCUCAAAGCGCUCAUGGACAUCAUUUGACUGAUUACGGAGUAGAUGAAGGAUUCGAAGACGAUCUUUGGGGUGCAGUAGAUGGUUAUGCUCCUUAUUUGAUUACUGAACCGGAUGGAAUAGAUCCAGAUUGGUCAGGUGAACUUAAACAUUAUCUUGCGACUUCUUCUGCUUUUGUUCCACCACCUGUUCCUGCAGUAAACCUUUUGGAUAAAGUUGAUCAUUCGAGUAUUGAAAAACUGGAUGAUUUAAAGCUUACGGAAGAAGAACAAAGGAUUGAAGAAGGUAGAUUACAAGAUAUUCGGUUCCUUGCACCUUAUGGAACUUCCAUGACCGAUCCUACUCCUACUCCGACCGAUUCCAAUGACUUUAAUGUGGUAUUAGAAGAAGAUCUUCAAAGCUGUUCUUCAAGAGUCGAGAGUGGAAAAUUACCCGAAAUCUCACAAGACCCACACUCACUCAUGCUCCAAGCAGCACGAUUCUUACAUUCAGGCUUAACAUUGAUCCGAUGGCCCAGUGUAGUGGAAUGGGAAACGAUCGGACAUCAACUAAGAACAGCCGAAAAGAAAUUCAAUUCAUCUGAUGAUCAACUUAUUGGCAAAGAAGAAGAAAUCGAAAAGAUAAAAGCAGUUAGAGGUGAUGAGGUGUCAAAGCAUCAUAAACGGUCGAAUCGAUGGUUAAAACUUACGAUUGAAACUGAUACGAAAGCUUCAGAAAAGGUGAUAAAACUUGAUGUAGAACAAAUCAAUCGGAUCAUCUCAUACAGUGAAAGCUUAAUCGAAGAGUUCAAUCAAAAAUCUAAAACUAAAACUAAAGUUGAACAUGAUUUGGUGUCUGAUAAAGAUUUGAUGAAAAGGUUUGAAAGACUUGGAGAGUUUUUGGUGAGAAAACAUCAUCAAAGAAACCAAGAUGGUCUUGCUGAAGUUAAAUUCUCGAUUAGUCAACUUGAUCAAUCUUCUCAACUUGGUGGGUUAAAGCAAAUUGAUAAGGAAGAAGAAUGUAAUGAGAUUAUUAGAAUGGAUAGUGUUCAAAGAAAAAGGAAAAGGAAAAUGAAAGUACACAAUUUUGGAUGA